GUCACGUCAUGAACAGAAACAAUUUUGCAAUAAGCGAGUGAUAAAAAUUGUGUUAAAGAAAUUUCACGGACUUUGUAAUAUAUAAAUUACCUAAGAUGUGCUAACUAUGAACUGAAAUGAGUCUCUUUGGGAGUACGAAGUGAAUGUGGUGCUGAAUUAUCUUUAAAUAUGGAACUGUCCGGCUCGGGGAAAUCCCCAAACGCCUCGUUGUCCUUUAGAUACAAUGCUAACAAUGAGGAACUGGAAGAGUUGUAUCACAUGUGUGAUGAUGAUCCCCCUACACCCCAAAAUGACCCUCCUCAGAACGAAACCGCGAGUCCGAAAAAAGCGGAUAAAAGCUCAUCUAUACUAGACAAAUAUUUCAAAUCAAUGAGAACAGAAAAACCGCCAGAUAAAGAAAAUGAUGAUCCAAAAUCUGAGCCCAAACCUGUGGAGGACAGUAAACCAGCUGCUCCACCCAAGGAAGUAACAUCAUCUCCCAUGAAAGAGUAUUUAAACCGAUUAGGAAAGCGGACUACUACUUCGGAAGGCUCCAUAGAUGCUAAGGAAAGCUCCAAUGAAACUUGGAAGAUCUUCCAUGACUUUAAGUUCAAAAUAGCACAAGCUGUUGAGGAUAUUAAAACUCGUUCUGUAGAAGAGACAAAAGAAAAAUCUGUGCCAAGAGAGAAUUCUACAUCAGAUUCAGAAGAAAACUCUGCCAUCAAAGACUCCGAUCAACAAAGUGUUGGAGAUACUGACAACCAGGUAUCAUCUCUUCACAGUAGUAUUCAGAAUCUUUCUGAAAUCACGCAGCCGGUCACGGCCAAGCCUACCGACCGCGAGUCGAGUCUUCCUUUAGAAAAAAAUAAUUCGGAAUCCAGUGAUGAUACUCAUAAGAAUUUAGCCAGUGAAUCAGAAAACGGUACGGGAGAUUUACUAGACGACAGUAGUAUGUUAGAAGUUGAGUCUGGCGUUGAAGCCCUGGAGGACACCAAUAUCGACGCGCUUGGAGACAUCAAUCUGUACAAAGACUCUGAGGACAAGAACCCUCCCGUCCUGAACAUCCUCCCCUGCACUGUACAGAGGCCUAUCACACCCACAAAUUUCGGAUCCCCACCAAGCAAAAAUAAUAUACCAACAGAAACUCAUAGGCACUACUUCUUCAAUUUCACAAUGUAUAUUCUUACUUUUUUAUUAAUUGUUAACUACCUCCUGUUCCCCGACUCCCACGCCUGGAAUGGAUUCCUACUCGGCGUAUGGACGUUUACAUUUGGAAGCAAUUUGAAGCAAUGGUUUCUAGCCACUUACUUUAGCACAGACAAGGAGCCUAGAACCAGUUUUUUUCAGUUUAAGCGCAGCAGUGCUGUACCGUACGCGUACAGUAUUCCUAAUGUUAAGGAGCAUAGACCAAUAAAGAAACAUGAGGGAUGGAUAAACCAUUAUAGGUUUCAUGAAUAUGAUGCAUACACGUAUCACAUCAACAAAACAACAACCGCAUUUAUGAAAUUAGAAGGCUGCAAUUUAAGGAUAUCUUACACAAAGACAAAAAUAGCGAAGAGAGCGCUGUGGGAUGAAAAAAUAGACAAAGUUAUUUUCUACCAGCAUAGAUUGUACAAUUUAACAGGAGCCAAAGUAUGCCUGCUGCCAAAUGGACUUGUCAGUAAAAGACAAUGGAGCAAAAAAUAUCCCAUAUGUAUAACAUUAAAUGAAAAUGAAACAAUACAAGUACUUGAGAAAGAAAAUCUACCUGACAAAAAACCUGGCGAAGCGUCAGAGAGUAAGAAGAAAGAACAAGAGUCAGAGGCCACGGAAACUAACACCAGCCCGGAAAAGAAGAAGAGAUUUGUAUGGAGAAAGAAAGAAAAAAGCCUUUCACAAGAUGCAGAAACGCCUGGGAGGGAAGGUCUGCGACAUCGGCUCGUCAGAAAAAUGCAUAGAGAUAAAAAACCGGAUAACGUGUCCACCGCCACAGAGCCAGACAGCCAAACAGAGAAGACUCUACAAGAAGAAUUGACCGCGGAGGAGCUGACUAGUGCGCCCGCCAACGGCAAAGAUGACGUCCUCGACGAUGAUCUGGACGAGACAGAGAUUUCCAGGCUGAAGGAGUUUUUAGACGAAACUGAGCCGGAGACUGUAGAGGGCGCGGCGGAGGGGGAGUGGAGCUUGCACGUGAAGCACUCCAAAGACAAGCACUCGCGGCUGUUCCUGUUCGCGAGGACGGGCCGCGACAAACUCGAGUGGUUCCGACGGAUACACCAAGCUAUAGCGGAGGCGAGUCCGUCACUCGAGUCUUCCGUCGCUGAAGAUAAGAGUUCGAGCGAUCUCGCGCCCGACACUAAGGAGGGCAUAGAGAUGGCCGUUUACAAAGUUUCUGAAAAGGACGCCGUCUCCUUCCCAAAGCCCAGUGUCAAAGCUACUCCAGUGCCGUCGGAGAUUCCUUCUACCGUUACGGAUUGGAGCUCGUAUGAGAAAACAUUCUGGCCCUAUCUUAUAAAAAUCAUGCAGACGCACGAAGAAACCAGAAGGCAGAAGGUCGACACCGGAGUCACGUGCGACCUCGAUCCCACGCCGGUAGAGGCUAAAAGCAAAACCAAGAAGAAACGAAAAUCCGAUCCUAAAUCAGCUCCGUCCGCGUGCGACUGCCGCGUGCUGCCCGCCGAGGUCUCGUGGGUGAACACGGUGCUCGCCCGAGUCAUGUAUGACGUCAUGAGGGACCCGCACAUCAUGAUGCGAGUACAGAAUAGGAUACAGAGGAAACUUAAUACGCUCAAGCUACCUUCGUUCAUGUCCCCGCUGGUUGUGACAGAGCUGUCGCUAGCUGGCGCGUGUCCGCUGGUGGAGCGCGUGGGUGGCGCGACGUGGGACGAGCGCGGCGUGUGGCUGGACGCCGACCUGCGCUACGACGGCGGCGCCACCAUCACCAUCCUCACCAACAUCAACCUGAUGAAGCUCAAGGAGAAGAACCUAACGUUGGAAGAAAAGCUCAUGCUGACAGAUGAACACGUAGUGGAGAACGAUCUCAUAAUUACGGGGACCGGAAUGUUCUCCGAAAAGCAGCUACGGAAACGCAAGCCCGCCAUAUUCGACAGCGAGGUGGAGGACUCGGCGGAGUCUUCGAGUGACGACGAGAGCCCGCCCGUGCAGCCCGUCGACAGCAACGAGGCCAUACAAACGCAGGAGCUUCCAUCGGCGACGCCGGAGAGCGGUUCAUCCAAAAAGAAGUUCCUGAGAAUUGUUGAUAAGAUUUCUACGAAUAAAUACUUUCAGCAGGUAACCGACUUCAAAUACGUGAAACGAGCUAUGGAGGGCCUGUCGAACACGGACAUCAAGCUACAAGUGGAGAUCCAAGGGUUAGAGGGGCGUCUGGCUCUUAACCUGCCGCCGCCGCCUCACGACAGAUUAUGGCUUGGUUUCCGCACGAACCCGCAGCUGGUGCUGAAGGCGCGGCCGGCGGUGGGCGCGCGCACGCUCCGCUUCGCGCACAUCUCCAACUGGAUCGAGCACAAGCUCAGCAAGGAGUUCGAGAAGGUGCUGGUGCUGCCCAACAUGGAGGACAUCGCCGUCGACGUCAUGACGCCCACGCCCGUCUUCGCUGAAACCACUUAGAAACAGUGCGUAUAAAGCUACUUAGUACUAUGUGCAAUAUGAAAGACAUCAUGGUUGCCAGCUGCACCGUUUUUAAGGCGACAUAAUAUUACAUAGCACAAGACACUGCUGGCGUGUCUAAGUUGUAUCAUGACCUAUUUGAUCGAGUACAAGCUUAGCAAGGAGUUCGAGAAGGUGCUAGUGCUACCCAAUAUGGAGGACAUCGCGGUCGACGUCAUGACGCACACGCCCGUCUUCGCUGAAACCACUUAGAAACAGUGCGUAUAAAGCUACCUAGUAUUAUGUGCAAUAUGAAAGACAUCGUGGUUGCCAGCUGCACCGUUUUUAAGGCGACAUAAUAUUACAUAGCAGAAGACACUGCUGGCGUGUCUAAGUUGUAUCAUGAGUCAUGACCUAUUUGAUCGAGUACAAGCUCAGCAAGGAGUUCGAGAAGGUGCUGGUGCUGCGAAACAUGGACGACAUCGCCGUCGACGUCAUGACGCCCACUCCCGUAUUCGCUGAUUCCACUUAGAAACAGUGGUGCGUAUAAAACGAGUACCUCAAGACGAAACAGGACACUGAGUUUUAAAUAUUUUAGGUAAAUAUACCCGUCUCGCUAACGGAACCGGCUCCUAAAACUAGUACGAUAAGGACAAGGCGAAAAAUCCUGCGUAAAAAUCUCAAAAAUCGAGGUUUCGUACUCGACUGUUUCCUCCUCCAAAACUUAACCAAUCGUAACCAAAUUUGGAAAUCUCAUGAUUAUGAAAUUAUCUGUGUCGGACAGUUUUGCUUUUUUGGCUAAUUGAUAUCAGUUUUGAAUACUAGUCUCUCAUUGCGGCAUAGUCAAUGAGGCCAUUUUGGCCAUUUUUGAAGGGAACUAGCGCCUUAAAAAACAAAAAUAUCAAAAAAAGCAAAACGGUCCGACACAAAUAUUGACAAUAUUAAUCUGUGUUGAAAAGAUCAUUGCUCUAGCAUCAACUGCAUACUCCGGUGUUCUGGGUAACUUACCAUCUUACCAUCAGGCGAUUCGUCUGCUCGUUUCCUUUAUCAUAAAAAAAUACAUAGUAAAGGAACUGCUGUCGUAUUUAAGUUGUAUCAUCUGAAGUAUAUAGAAUAUCUCGGUAGUCACACCCAAGAUGGUGCACUUCUAAGUGUUCGUUACACCAAACUAUUGAAACAUUCACUAUUGACAAGUUCCAUAGUUCACUGCCGAUUGACGUUGAUCAGUCCACUUUGUGGUUGGUGCAACUGGCCCUGGUUAGCUCAAAUCAUGGCACAUAUUAAAAUGCAUAAUAGCUUCUAAUUGUACGAUAAGUAUAAGGAACAUAGUACUUCAAUCGAGCCAGCCUCGAAUCGGCACUGUACUGGUGCAUUUCUAAUAAUCAUUUACUUGUAAUUAAUGUUACUUGAACACUUUGUCUCAUGUGUCCGACGACGGCAGUUAAAAGGUUAACAGCGAAGUAUGAAAAAAUGUUAGUGCCAAAAGCGCAUUUAGAAUAGAAUGAAUAAGGAAGGGUGCAAUGCCAAGACACGAUAUUUUUUACUUAUAUUUAUACCAUUAGAAUUAUAAAGGUCUUAAUUGGCGUUUAUAUUGCGAACGAUGCAAUUGAAUUGUACCGUUCUGAUGCCAUUAUUUUGCCAUAGCUUGGCACUGACUGAUAAUUUCUAUUUCUACCAUUACAGCGUUUAUAUAUUAAAAUCUUUCAUACCAUGCGUUUUGCAAUAUUCUUAAUAUAAAAUAUGUAGUUGAAAUUUGAACUUUUUCGUCUAUGGCAUUGCUGUGGGUUUUGUAGUCGGCUGCUCAGUACUCAGGUUUACGUAUUUGGUUGAGAUUACGGCGUAGAAAAUAAUAGCUGGGGCCUUUAGCUAAAUUUAACUUUCUUCCUCUAAACUAAAAUAAUGAAAAUAUUUGAUAAAUGAUACCAAAUGGACGAAAUUUGGAGUAUUUCCUAUAAAUGUUAUUGUUAUCAAAGCUAUAAUUUUUUAGUUGUGCAUUUUAUAUGCAUUCUGUCACCUUCGGAACAGAUACUUGUACGUAUGAAAUGCUGAUCAGGAUUAUGAUACAUUUUCGUUAUAAUUCUGUCCUGAGUCGAGAAGACGAGAAUUACAUACCGCAUAUUAAUGAGGUCCAGCUAAUUAGAAGAUCUUAGAGCAUAUUGUACUGGUUAUACUAAUUUAGCACAAGCGUAGUUAUGUUGACACAUAAAUGAGCCUAAUUAAAUGAUUUAUUUCGUCCAUUUAGAUUUUUAUACGUUUUCUAUAAUGAAUGAAUAAAUAAAUCAACAUAAACUCUUGACGAUAAACGACCAUUCAGGAUGCCUUUUGUUAAAAAGCAUUUUUUAAAUAUCCGCUUGUAAAAGGGAACUCUUAGUAUGCAGGCAUUCACGUAAUAAAAUUUGCGUACAUAAGCGCUUGCUAUACCUACAUCAUUUUUCUUUGAGAACGAUUCAUUUCUGUCAAUAUGUCUAAAACUAAUCAAUGUAAAUAAUUAGAUAAUCCGGGGGAAGUGCAUUUAUACCCUGAUCCUAGUUUGAUAAGUCAGAAUCUUUUCCAGGGUAUUUAUUUUCCUAUGACUGGAGAUCGAAUGAUAUUUAUUUGGACUGGAUGGGAGUAACCGUCAUCGAGCUUCCUCGGUACUAAUUAUUAUUCUGACAAUAAUCCGUUAUUUCCACUCGAAAUUAUAUAAAUGUUCUUACCUGUAUGAUAAAUCAAGAAUUCCUCUAUUUUUACCGGUAUUUGAUAGUGGAUCCUCAUAUUUUUGUAGUCAAUAGGUACUAUGAUAAAAACUAUCGCGUUGCAUGCAUUUCACACGUUUAGUCGAAAGCAUUUAUUAGUUUGCUUUUCUUAAGAAGUGCUAAGAUUUAAAAAAAGGUUAAUUAAUAAAAGCAAUUACCUAGUCACUUCACGUUUAAAAAAAUACGGACGUCGAAUAUUUCAACCUAACAUUGUAUCGCUUAACUUCAAACUCGGGUAAAUCCAUUCGACCCUAUUAGCAAAUAUCUACCCUAUUACCUUUUCUUAAUGCCAAUAUCGCAUAAUCUGACAGAUGGAUUUACCCGAGUUUGAAGUUAAGCGACUCAAUUUAAGUACCUAUAUUGACAUCUUGUACGGUAUGUCAUAAUUUCAAGUGACUUCCGCAGCAAGCUCGGCCGAAUCGCACCUUCCCAUACAAACGGAGUAUCGUUUUUAUUUAAAAACCGGGCAAGUGCGAGUCGGACUCGCGCACGAAGGGUUCCGUACCAUAAAGCAAAAAAAAAAUGCAAAAAGAAAACGGUCACCCAUCCAAGUACUGACCACGCCCGACGUUGCUUAACUUUGGUCAAAAAUCACGUUUGCUGUAUGGGAGCCCCACUUAAAUCUUUAUUUUAUUCUGUUUUUAGUAUUUGUUGUUAUAGCGGCAACAUAAAUACAUCAUCUGUGAAAAUUUCAACUGUCUAGCUAUCACGGUUCGUGAGAUACAGCCUGGUGACAGACAGACGGACAGACGGACGGACGGACGGACAGCGAAGUCUUAGUAAUAGGGUCCCGUUUUACCCUUUGGGUACGGAACCCUAAAAACUACGGUUUGGGUUGUAAUGAAACUUUGCACAUACAUACAAUAACAUUAGGUUUAUCUAACCCUGUAAUUAGUUUAUAUAAGGUUACAAAACCGAGAUAGAGCAAAAACAAAUUUAGUGAAAACCUUAAAUUCCCUGUAUUUUUUUCACUAUGGUAUGUGAAGCUACAUAAAUAAAGUACAUGCACAGAUAUAGGUACCAUAUCCUAUUGUAAGUACAAAGUUUCAGAAGAAUCUCGCUAGUCGUUUUAAAAUGAGAGCGUAACUACCGAGUACAGAGUUUGCUGCGGACUCUUUAAGUUUAAAUGAAAGGUUGAUGCAAGUAAAAAGUAAGACAUAAUAGUUUGAAGGCCUGUCCAGACGGUAACAAUGUUUCGCCGAUCUGAUUAAAUUGUCCAAUCAAAUCAGGUCGUGCGGACGCAAACGCCCAUUUGGCCUGAUUUGAUCGGACAAUUUAAUCAGAUUGGCAAAAAAUUGUCCCCGUCUGGACAGUCUGGAGAGGUCUUGAGACUUAACAAUGAAAUAACUAACAGUGACCAAUGGUUGAUUACAUUUGCAUCACAUGGAUAUAUCGCACAACGCAUUGGCUAAUCAGAAAGCACCCCACGACGUUUUUAUUAAAAAUAUUAUGUUUAUGUUAGCAUCAGUAUUUCAUAUCUAGGCCGUAUUAUAUAGAAAAUAGGUAGGUGUGGUACUAUUUUUUUAUUGUUAUGGUUUUAGUAAUCAGACAAAUUAUAAAAUAAGAUACAUCAUUUACAUUAUUAGGCCUUAAAAUAAGGUUUUUUUUUACAUUUUAAUCGCAUCCUUAUUGCCACAAAAGGUAGAGACAUGCGUCAUGCUAAAAUGAUGCAUUUGGUGUUGCUUUCUAUUUACUAAAAUAAAACAUUAAUUUGUCUGAUGAAAUGUAGUUUGAAAAAUACCCGAUAUAGGGUUUAUUAUAUAUGUACGAGUAGAAUAUGCGGAAUAAAUGGGAAGGUUGAGAUUAUAAAAGUAACCAUAAAAGGCUGAAGGUAACUUGCUCACGAAAGCAAUUUUUCCGUGAAUAUGUUAGGAUUAGCCUCUUCAAGUGAGUGCUAAGGUGUUUUGAGCGAAUUUAUGGUCGGUUUAUUUAGGUAUAAAUAAAAUAAAUACAAGCCCAUGCGCCUUACUCGACUAAUUAGUAAGGGUAUCAUAUCUCUUGCCAUCAAAAGUAUCAAAACCAUAAACACUUCGUUUUAAUGGCCGUAAGAAUGUUAUAGCCAGACGAUGGGGGAAGACGGUAUUGGGCUUGUGUUUAAAAUGUUUCUAAAUUAAUGUAUGAUGCUUAAUUAUAUUCCAAGCUUCAGAUAGCCGCUCCCUGGCCACUUGUAGGGCGACAUUUAAGUAAAUAUUUAUUCACUUUUAUAAAUAAUUCUUGUGAAAACGACAUUGUAUCGUUAAAUGGGGUCUACCCAAGUUCUUAUGAAUUUUUCGAUAAAAUAUUUAAUGUUUCACGUUUUUACAUAAAUAAGUACCUACUAGCUUAUAUUCUACGUAAGCCAACAUCUACGUACUAAUUUUAAAAGGCACUACGUUCUACAUAUCACACUUUUGUAAGUCAUGUACCUGUUUCAAAAGCAUACCGCUACAUCUACAUGACCAUGGUAUAUUUAUUUUACAUAGUAAUGUACUCCGAACCAGUUUUUAAUUUUAUUUGUAAAUAUAUAACUAUUAGUAUCGAAUUUACGUUUGUUGGGCACUUUUUGAAUAUCGUCUAUUGUAAUUAGUUACUGUUUAUUUCAUAUGUCGAUGCGGCCAAAUCCGUAUACGAGCAAUUUUUUUAUUUCUUUUGCCGUAAGCGCGCAAUCGUUACUUUAUCGAUGUAGGUAACAAUAGUGUCAGUAAACUUUGUGAAAACUCGGUCGUGUACGGAAUUCCCCGCAGACGGAUUUAGCCGCAUUAAUGUUACUCGAAGAAAAUGUUUUCGUUUUUCUGUUUGUUUAUCUGUGAUCACAUAGUGAUUUCUAUUUUCGCAGUGUUUGUAUACCAAAAAAAAAGAGUAAUUUUCCAUGUAUAUAGUCUAUGAAAUUAUUAAAGUGUUUAUGUGAUAUAUAGUUAAGAGUUAAACCGUGCCGAGUAGUUUUUCUAUGUGGUAUCAGUUGUGAUUUUUCAAUAAAAGAUUUAAAACAUGAA